AAAAAGUAAUGGGGGUCUGUUCAGCAAAGAGAUAAAACAAAAAUUCUUAAUUAUUACAAACAACACAAUUAUAUCAAACAAAUCAACUAAAUCAAACAACACAAUUAUAUCAAACAGAUAUACAACAAACAUAUAAAGUUUAAGAUUAUGAAAUAAGUCAAGAAUAAUUAGCCCUAUUUAAGGAUGAUGUUUAUGUUUAAAACAUAAAUAAAACAUUUGAUAAAAUAAAUCAACUAUUUGAUUAAGUAUGGUUAUAUAUUAAUAUUAGAUGACAUCAUAAUUUGAUUCACUUUCAAAGUAUUUUUUAUCAGGAUCUGAAGAACAAACAAAAAAGUGA